AUGGGGCAGGUCCUGCCGGUCUUCGCCCACUGCAAAGAAGCUCCAUCUACAGCCUCUUCUACCCCCGAUUCCACGGAAGGAGGGAAUGACGACUCGGAUUUUCGGGAGCUGCACACAGCCCGGGAAUUCUCGGAGGACGAAGAGGAGGAGACUACAUCGCAGGACUGGGGCACCCCCAGGGAGCUGACCUUUUCCUACAUUGCCUUCGACGGCGUGGUGGGCUCUGGGGGCCGUAGGGAUUCAGUUGUUCGUCGUCCCAGGCCCCAGGGACGUUCAGUCUCAGAACCAAGGGACCCACCCCCACAGCCCAGCCUGGGUGACAGCUUGGAGAGUAUCCCUAGUCUGAGCCAGUCCCCAGAGCCGGGGCGUCGCGGUGACCCAGACACUGUACCUCCAGCUGAGCGCCCGCUGGAGGAACUGAGGCUUCGGCUGGACCAGCUUGGCUGGGCUGUCCGGAGUGCGGGAUCUGGGGAGGAUUCGGCCACCAGCAGCUCUACCCCGCUGGAAAAUGAGGAGCCGGAUGGAUUGGAGGCCAGCGAGGCUGGAGAGACGAAUCUGGAACUCCGACUUGCUCAGCCUCUACAUUUGCAAUUUGAGGGCUUGACUCCUCAGCUUAGCCCGAGCUCCGGGAUUCCCCAGGCGCAUACCCCAUCCCCACAGAGAUCUCAAGAUUUGAACACCGGUCCUGAUGAGCCGCUGCCGAAUGGGGAAGGAGAACAUUGGCGGCUGCUGGAGCAGGAGCCAAUCACGGCCCAGUGCCUCAAUAGCACAGACCAAUCAGAAUUCACGUUGGAGCCGCUCCUUCUAGUGGCAGACCUGUUGUACUGGAAGGACACCAGGACGUCGGGAGCCAUCUUCACGGGCCUCAUGGCCUCUCUCCUCUGCCUCCUGCACUUUAGCAUCGUGUCCGUGGCUGCGCACCUGGCCCUGCUGGGUCUCUGCGCCACCAUCUCUCUCAGGGUUUACCGCAAAGUGCUGCAGGCCGUGCACCGGGGCGACGGCACCAACCCUUUCCAGGCUUACCUGGACAUGGACCUGACCCUGACUCGGGAGCAGACAGAACGUUUGUCCCAGCAGAUUGCCUCCCACGUGGUCUCCACGGCCACACAGCUGCGGCAUUUCUUCCUCGUAGAAGACCUGGUGGAUUCUCUCAAGCUGGCUCUUCUCUUCUACAUCUUGACCUUCGUGGGAGCCAUCUUUAACGGCUUGACUCUUGUCAUCUUGGGAGUGGUUGCUUUGUUCACCGUCCCCCUUCUGUACAGACAACAUCAGGCCCAGAUUGACCAGUAUGUGGGGUUGGUGACCAGCCAGUUGAGCCACAUCAAAGCUAAGAUCCGAGCUAAGAUCCCGGGGACCGGAACCCUUGCCCCAGCAGCAUCAGUCUCCGGAUCCAAAGCCAAAGCCGAAUGAGAAGGGUGUCUUUGCCCGAGGGACGCCUGCCACACCCCAGCAGCCCUCUUCCCUUUCAUUUCCCGUGCAUCCACACCCUCUCCCACUCGGCCGAGCCAUUUCCCAGUGGGAAGUGCCUGAGCGACCCAGACUACAUUUCCUAAGAGGCUCUGCUCUAAGAGUCCAGGAAAAGACCAUGCUCCUUGGCCGCGGAGCCUGCUGGGACUUGUAGUUGAAUAGUGAGGACGCUGCUCUGCACUUCCGUGACCCGCCGCUGGAGGCGCCGUGAGGGGUUGGUGUCUCUGAGGCCACCAACCCCUGUGCUGGGGCUUUGCAUGGGGCCCAGGCGAGCCUUGAGCUUGGAUUUACACUGUAAUAAAGAUUCCUGUGGAAAAUUCACUGCCUUCUAUGCUUUAAAGUCCUUUCACUUACACCUUCCUACAUUGAAAAAAAUUAAAACAAACAAAUAAAAACGUAAAAAACCU